GGCAUUCCCACCAACUGCGGUAUAGGCUUACAUGUAUAUGAGAGUCAUGAAACAAACGAUUCGGCCUGAAACAUUGAGAACGUCUACAAAUUUUACUCAGAAUCAAAGUUUUAUUUUCGACACUCAUGAUGAUAGUAUAUAUUCUGAUUUAGCAUAAUAAGAUCUGUGUAUGUCAUUAUUACGCUCUAGCUCUUGCAACUACGAUCUCAUCAGGAAUAUCUCUGAAAGUUGUACUUGUCAAACCGUCCUAUAAUCGUCUUGUCAAGGUCAAGAACGGUGUGCUGCCUGAAACCAAACCAUCACAUCAUAACCGUUGACACGUUUGAAAGAAAUAGUAACAAAAACAUUGGUUCUACCCGCAUUUAUACUGAACUCAAUCAACUCGACCUUGCUAUUGUUUGCACUGAAGGUGCAGAAGACGGAAGCUAUUUGAAUUUCAAAUUGAAUUUCAUUGUGAAUCUUGGGAAUUUGUGUCAGAACACAGGACAAAGCCGGGGCCUCAUCCAUGUACAUGUAAUUAAUCACACAAUGAGAUCAUGAUGAACCUGUGAUACGAAUGUGAGUAAGGGAUAUUCUCGAAGAACAGUAUUCACCUCUGACAGACAGCGUUCAUUGAUCUUGAUGAUGAGCCAACUAUAAUUUUUAUGUAGGCCCUCACGGUAAGUCACGGAACCUGUAGGACGGGAUGUCUUCUAAGGUCAUCAAAGGACAGUAUUCUCCAGUGCCUCACUGAUCUUGAUGGUAGGCUUACUGAAUAGAUUCAAUAAGUUACAGUCAAAUGGAACAUGACGAAGUGACACAAGGGAUAUCUUCGAAGAAUAUCAAAGAACAGUAUUCACCCCGCAUAGCUAGAUGUCACUUAUCUUGAUAACAUCAUGUAGCUACUCUUUUCUAAAUUCACGGUGACAUUACAGUUUUAUCGAUCUUUUGGAAUGGAACAUGACUGCGAGAAACGAUUUGUAAUUUCAGCAUCAAAUACAACGUAUUUAUAAUUCAUAGUCAUCGACAUUGUGGUAGCAUGGUCUUAGAAAUUGAACAUUGGACAAACAUAACCCUUUAAAAAUAUAUAAUUUAUCACACGGAAGAAGCGAUAUUUAUCAAACGAAAUACUUCAUGAACGUUCUCUUAACAAGACAGCGGUGGAGUCAUAGCCAUGGUGAGAGAGGCAGGGUUUCCAUUUUCGUUUUAAAAUCAGCAAAUCUUUCUCUCUUUGUUUUCUUUGUAAACAAAGUUAACGGCAACCGCGACAAUGGAGAGUAUAAAUAAUGACGAGCAUGUUACGAACAUGUCACGUGACAUCCCAGAUAUGACGAUGGCCUCAUCGCAUAUCGUGAUCCUUCUCGUGGCAUUCGUACCGCUAUCGCUCUGUAUCGUAAUCGGCAACCUCUUAGUCAUGGCAGCGGUAUAUCGAGAGAAUCGCUUGCACACACCUACAAACUUUAUCCUCGCAAGUCUGGCAGUGUCUGACUUUGUCCAAGGGGCGUUGACCAUUCCUUCUGAGUUGUAUACUGACGCAGAAACACAUACGAUGGACUGUUUCAAAAUGACUUACAUGUUAGCGCCAUCUUAUUUCAUGAGCGGAGUUUCCCUGAUGCAUCAAAUUAUCGUAACCCUUGAUCGAUUGAUCGCUGUAACUUGGCCACUACGUUACUGUGACUUUGUUACGAAACGUCGCGUUGCGAUGACGAUAGUAUCGGUUUGGAUCGGUGGAUCAUGCCCCGCAUGUGCGUUUCUCUAUGUGUGGAUCACAAGCCUCGCCGACAGUAUCGAUCAUCAGGUCGGGCAGUGUGGGGGCGGGGCUUAUUUCAAUACUCCCGCCAUAUUAAAGUUUGAGUUAGCCCUGGCCCUUCUGGUCUGCAUAGGUCUAUUAAUGCUAACAUCAUUUAACUUGUACAUAUGGAGGGUUGCUGCUCGACAAGCCAGGCAAAUCCGGGACCAGGCCAGAGGAAUGAACGCAGCGCAGAAACAGAGACGUCUUGGAAACAUACAAGCGACCAAGACCGUUCUUGGAAUCGUCGGAACAUUUGUCGUGUCGUGGACCCCCGUCACGAUCUUUUUCUUCAUUUCUCCACAAAUCAAUAACAAUUUAACAUAUGAAGAACGUUUUAUUAUCAAUCAACUAAGCUUCUUCUUCAUUUGUGUGAACUCUGCCAUCAACCCAAUCAUUUACGGAUGGAAAAAUAAAGAGUUUCGCUGGGGUCUUAUUAAGCUCCUUUCUGCAUUGAAACUCCCGUGCAUUCGUGCAAAAAAGAUGGUGCAGCAAAAUAUCGCAGAAUCUACACGGGCCUCGUCAGUAGGCAUGGUAGGUGUCGAUAUGUAGCGGUAUAUGGGCGACAAUUCUCAUGAGAUUGUUAAAGAACUGAAAGAAAAAGACAAAGCGUAACUUUGGAAGAAAGAGAAACGAAAGGGAUAAUAGUCUCAGAAGAGAGGCACGUGUCGUGUAACCAUUUACAUUAUUACACCUGUUAUUAAAAAGAGGGAAAGAAAUAAAAGGGGCGCCACCACUGGUCACAUCUGCUCUAGGUUUAAUAAAGCUGAAGCAAGUCAAUAUUUUACUGAAAGGUUCACACAGACAUGACUGAGAAAUGUUUGCACCCUAAUAGAAACACUGGUAACACUUUGGGGUGUAAUCUUGCACCCCUCAGUGGGAAAGGGUGCAACAUAUUCAUCGUUUCUAUGAUUUUGCACCCAGAAAGCAUUGGUGUGACUUUGAAAAAAAUCUGAGCUAGAAGGUCACACUUGUCACCUGUGUCUGUGAU